AUGCAGGACCCACCCAAGCAGCCUUUACAUCAAGGCAAUGAGAGAAAAAGACACUAUAGAGGUGUUAGGCAGAGACCAUGGGGCAAAUGGGCAGCCGAAAUCCGUGACCCUAAAAAAGCAGCUAGAGUGUGGCUUGGCACGUUUGACACGGCAGAAGCUGCAGCAUUUGCAUAUGAUGAUGCUGCUUUGAAAUUCAAAGGAACCAAAGCCAAGCUCAAUUUUCCUGAACGUGUUGUUGCUUCAUCAGCCUACUCUACUACUUCAGCUUCGGCUCUUGUUUCGACCUCUGCUUUUACUUCUACUUCGGCAUUGCCUGUUUAUGAUCAACCUCUUGCACCUACCUUAUUAUCUAAUGAAGAAGGUUUUCCAAACCUAAUGCAGUACGCGCAGCUGCUUUGGAGUAGGGAUGAUGAUGAUGUUCAACGUGCUACUUCGGGUCUUCAUUAUCAUUCCAAUGAGGAUUCGAGUUCAACAUUGUUCUCAUCAAUAUAUACUUCUGUGUCUGAUCAACAGCAGAUAUAUAAUUGGAGAUAA